AUGGUGAAUCUAAGUAUGUCCAGAAAAUCGCCCCUCGAUGCCGUUGUGUCGCAUAUUCACGACGCCCUAAGCCAAGAGGGGGAGAGUAUUCUAAUCCAGCGAGAAGUUCUCUCUACUAUCCUUGAUGCGGCGACUCAAUCUACACAUACAGAGAGAGCGUUAGCACAAGUGGAAGCUGACUACUUGUCGGUAAGAUAUAUGUCGAACAAGGCAAGAAAUAGCAGCGUUCUCCAGGAACAAACUCUCAGAGAACAGCGUGUCUUGGAAAAGGGAGUAGGCAAAUGGACUAAUAGGCGAACUCAGUCCCUGGUGCAAAGUAGGGAGGCCCCGGCUGAUAUCCCGAAUGAAUCUGUUCAGGACAGUACAUCAACAGAGCGCCCUAUGACGAAAUGGAUUAACGAUACGGCCAACAUCUCAUGCAACCUCGAUGAUGACAUGGCGGAACUACCUCGAAGCUUGGAUCUGUACGAACCAUUCCGCGGCGGAUCGGAGGGAGAAGAGACAACGGAACAGCAGAUCGACGCAGAAGUUAUCGAUGCAUCCACAAUCGGCUCUAGCAUGGGUCGUUACUUUGCGGAGCUACCAGAUGCUGCGUUAUUGCAUGGUUUCGAAAAGCAUAUCGGCAUCCGCACGGUUAACGAGAUAAUCAAGCUCAAAAACAGCAUUCGCUCCAUGACUUCAAUUGUGGAGAAACGGGUGGAACAUUGUGAUUCUGCCAGGAAAGCUGUGGAGAUGGCUUACCAUAGCAAGUCCGAACUUCUUGCUACCAUGAGCCAUGAGAUUCGCACGCCCGUUCAUGGUAUCAUGGGUAUGGCUCAGUUGGGACUGGAAGCGGGCUGUCUGCCAACAGCUGCUCACGACGCUUUUAAUCUGAUUCAUAGUUUGGGCAAAAGCCUGCUGGCAAACAUUAACAACGUUCUUGAUUUAUCACGGAUAGAAGCCAGUCGUAUGGCGAUCGAAAGUAUUCCAUUCAAUCUUGGCGCAACAGUCCUGAACACGCUCAAGCCGCUGGCAGUUGAGGCGAGCAAGAAGAAGACUGACCUGACCUACGAAGUUGGCAGUCAUGUGCCCCAACAAGCUAUUGGGGACCCAAACCGCCUUUGCCAGCUUCUCUUCAACUUGGUCGGAAACGCAGUCAAAUUCACCACGAAUGGGAGAAUUGAACUAUCCGUAACGACCGCCCAUCCACGGACAUGUGUCAAUAACGAAUGCAUCCUAGAGUUCUCUGUUGCCGAUACUGGGGUCGGUAUCCAACAAGAUAAGUUAGAACUCAUUUUCGACAAGUUCCAACAGGCAGAUGAUUCCGUGGUUAAGCAAUUUGGCGGUACAGGUCUUGGCUUGGCUAUAUCCAGAAAGCUCGUCAGCUUGAUGGGUGGUGAUAUCUGGGUUCAGUCUACUGUAGGCAUGGGCAGCACUUUUUCCUUUACCUGUCCGUUGAAGCUCGAAAGUCCGUCUACUGCCAUGACUGGCCGGACGACACCUCAGAGAGACUUCAUUAUCUUCUACAUCACAUCAGAUGAUCAAGAGAGACACCCCAUAUGCGAGACUAUUGCCGAACUUGAUAUUCAAGUGCGUGUAUUAAACCAGCAUGAUAUCCAAAUCCAGGAGCACCGGGACCAACAGCAGCUUCCAGAUGCCCUUAUAGAUCGCCCUAGACACCCCAAACCUAGCCAAACUACAUCCCUAUCAGUUCUCAUAGCAGAAGACAAUGAUAUCUGCCGACUGGUGGCGGUCAAGGCACUUGAGAAGUGCACCAGUGAUAUUACAGCCGUUACAAACGGUCUUCAGGCGCUUCACGCAUACCAAAGCCGACAGUUCGACGUGAUCGUCAUGGAUAUCCAAAUGCCGGUAAUGGACGGGUUCGAGGCAGUUUCCAAGAUCCGAAAUUACGAGAGAACCCACAACACAAAGCGUGCCUCAAUAAUUGCGGUUACAGCUGAUGCCAUCACUGGCGAUUGUCUCGGAGCCGAGAUGGAUGAGUAUGUAUCGAAACCGCUGAACCCGAACCAGCUGCUGGAUGUAGUCUUGACGUGCCAUUCGGAAGGAGUUACAUCUCACACUGCCGGCAGCAACAUGGGUGGAGGCUCUGCAUGUGAAAUCAACAGAUAG